AGGAGUGUCUCUGACUUUUUGGGAUCACGUGACCUGGUACUUGAAAGAGUACCAUAGCUGUCAUCCAGCCAGUCCUGAACCCUAGGAAGGGCUGACUAAUGCUGUGCCCAGAACCAUGGGGGGCAUGCUUAAUACUACCCUGGCCUCACCAUCAGUGAAUCCUUAUGAAAUCCUAGGGAUGAUGGGCAGAUUUGAGGUGAGACAGGCAAGUGAGGGGAGAGUAUUUUAUUCAUACAUUAGAUAUAAGUGAUGUCAAUUUUGGGGGCUGGUUGAAGUUUUUGCUGAGUUUAUUCUACCUGAAAAUACUGCUACUCCUAAUUAGUAUUCAUAUAAGAUUUGCCAAAUGCUUACUAUACAGAUAUUAUUAUCAUCCAAACAUCUUUCCAAAUGUGGAAACUAAGACUCAGAGAAGUUAAGUCACAUGUCCAAGUCACAGGGCAGGAAGGCGUUAGCUCUGUCCCUGAAGCCCACAUCUUGGACCACGGCUGCUCAAUGUCUUGCUAUGGCCUACAUGUUCUUAAGGAAUGUGGACAGCAAAGCUUCUCUUAGGAGGAUGACAGCAGACAGGAUGAUGGUUUCUGUUUCAAGAGGGGCCAAGAGAAACUGUUUCCCAGAUGGCAGCUCCUGACUUUCUAUUGGGGGUUAUGGAGCAAAGGCCCAUACAGUUCUGCUCAGAUGUGAGUGGGCCUGUUCUUUACCUCCCUUCUUCUCUGGCUUCUGCAUCUGCUUGCCUGUGGCCUGGUGGGAGGACUGAGGGACAGGGUAUGCAGAGUGCUGAGCAUUAUGUCCAGCAUGUAUUGGGGCUCAGGGCUCAGAACCCUGUUGUUGUCAAUUCCUCUCUUCUAUAGAGUGGGUCUGUGCCUGCAAUUAUAAGACAGGCACUGACAGAUGUAUAAGUAGAUGCUCAAGAGCAAAUUAAAAAUGCAUUGUUAAAAAUGGAUUCAAUGUGUAAAUGAAGAUUGGCAUGGAGGUUGGGUCUCUGUAUUUUUAGAGGCUAAAGUAUAUGAACAAUGAUAAAUUCAUAUAACCCAUAUUAUCUAAAGUCAUCAUAAAACAUUCACUAAAGAGCUAAUGUCAUAGGAUGCUGUGCUGGCAGCCUAAACAGGUCCAGGUGGUCUGUGGCUAUUACUGCCCUCAAGCUCCACCUAUUUUUGCUUAUGUUGAGAUCAGACCGUGCCCACUGGUCUCGGCCCUGGGGACCUCAGCUGCCUGGCACCUGGUGAUGUGCAUUCGGUGUGUUUCUGCAGCCCUGAGUUUGGGACAUGUGUGGAGUUCUCCCACGCCUUUUCUAGAAUGCUGACAGAAAUCUGUGUUCAGGUUUCUGUAAAGAGCUUCAUUGGUGAAGAGGAGAGGGAGAGCAGUUUAAUAUUGAUGGGUGUUCACACACCGAGGUUAUGUGUAAUCGCUUCCCUUUAGUUGGCCUCUGCAUAAUAUAAAAUGCAGAUACUGCAGCAUUUACAGGGUGAUUGGCCUGAUGCUUAUUGGCUGAAGUAGGUAUUAGAAUGGGCCAGGUUCAGUGAAGAAACAUGAUCCACAGUGAUAGAAUUCCCCAUUUUGUCAGUGUCUUGGAAAAUUGGCCUCCAGAGAUGAACUGUGGAGUGAGCUGUGUCAGAAGCUAUCUUCUCUUAUUGCAACAUUCAGCCAGUUUAUUUAGAGGAAUGGGUGGUCUGCAUUCUGACAUUUUCUUAGUCACACUUACAAGUGAGAACAUUUGCACAUGAUAACCUCAGGAUUAAUAGUCUUGCAGGUAGAUCACAAAUAACCAAUAACAAGAUUUUAAAAACUAAGUUUUGUUUGUGAAAGUCUCUAAUGCCUUUUUAACUAUAAGCACUUAAAUUUUUUUUUCUGUAACUGCAAAUGCAUAUGUAUUCAUUGCAUACAGGUACAGUGGUAGCAUGCUAUGGACAACACAGACCAGGGAUAAACUCAAGACCUUUGAAGCAGUUCAAGCUCUACAUUUGUAACAUCAAACUGCUGUCUCUUAUAAGACCAUUUCAAGAACUGACAUCAGUUUUCAUAUAGCUUAAAGAGUGCAAAUUCACCUGCACCAGUGGUAAAUGCUUGUAUCUUGGUUCACUGGUCUGUAACCAACAGAACGACUGUGGGGACAACAGUGAUGAAGAAAAUUGUCUCCUGGUGACUGAACAUCCACCUCCAGGCAUCUUCAACUCGGAGCUGGAGUUCACCCAGAUCAUCAUCAUCAUUGUGGCAGUUACAGUGAUGGUCGUGGUCAUUGUCUGCCUGCUGAAUCACUACAAAGUGUCCACACGAUCUUUCAUCAACCGCCCGAGUCAAAGCAGAAGGCAAGAGAACAGGGUGCAGCAGGAAGGGUGCUUGUGGCCUUCAGACAGCUCCGAUCCUCAGCCAGGUGCCUCAGAGAUCAUGUACCCACCUCGGUCUAGAGACAGGUUUGCUGCCCCAUCCUUUAUCCAGAGGGACCGGUUCAGCCGCUUUCAGCCCACCUACCCCUAUGUGCAGCAUGAGAUUGACCUUCCCCCCACCAUCUCCCUGUCUGAUGGGGAGGAGCCACCUCCUUACCAGGGGCCCUGUACCCUGCAGCUCAGGGACCCCGAACAGCAGAUGGAACUCAACCGAGAAUCUGUGAGGGCCCCACCCAACCGAACCAUAUUUGACAGUGAUUUGAUAGACAUUUCUGUGUACAAUGUGGGCCCGUGCCCACCCAGCAGCAAUUCAGGCAUUACUGCCAGCACCUGCAGCAGUAAUGGGAGGAUGGAGGGGCCACCUCCAACGUACAGCGAGGUGAUGGGCCACUACCCAGGAGCCUCUUUCUUCCAUCACCAGCACAGCAACAUGCAAAGAGGGAGCAGACUGCCAUUUCAACAGGACAGCUCUGGGAGCACAAUGGUGCCCAUCCAGGGCAAAGAUGGGAAGCCUGGGAAUCUUGUCUGACCCCCCAAUAUUCACUUGAAUUGAGAAGAAACCGAGGAGGGAGGAGGGCUGCACAGCUCCUCUGCUCCUGGGCACAGUGCUGUCGAGUUUUACGUGCUACAACUAAGGAAAACCAAAUGUGCAAAUGUGGUCUUUGUUUCUGAUUCCUUCCAGGGAAAUUGCAUGCAAACUAGACUGAAAUAAUACAAACUUCCAUCCAGUCUGACCAUAAACAGUGUUUAUUUGGGGGCAGGCAUAGGGAGGGGGGAUAGUUUUGGCAAAGGGUGGGCAUGGGAACACAGGGAAAGGGAUGCUUUGAGAUAUCAUGAAAUAAAACCCAGAGGUAUUUGAUUUAUUUAAUUUUGAAAGGAGACUACAGAGAAAGAGGCUAGAAUGGCCUGUUUUAUAAUUAAAUGAAUAAAGAAGGAAGCAUUACUAUAUAUUAUCAUGGGGAAGAAUUGGCCAGUUUGCUUUUUCUCCUAAGGUGUGGAACUUUUGUUUUCAAAAUAUGAUUCAAAAUUCCUGUUGUUGUUUUUUUUUUCGUGCCAAGGUAAAGUGAAGUUAGGUGAAUGCAAGGAGUUAAUUUGUGUUGUUAUGAUGAUAUGUUUUUAAAAGUUGCACUAUCUUAAUGUUUAAAAUAUAUAUAAGGGAACUAUUUUAUGUGACAUUUAGUAUGUUGUCUUUUCACCUGUGGAUUGUUAUCAGGUCUGAGGAAUACCCUGGAGUGUGCCCCAUAAUUGUGCAAGAAAAGUUGUUUGGGGACAUAGCCUAACAUGCCAACUUAUGUAAAUCAAGAAAAGUUAUUAUUGUAAGAAUUUGCAUCAGAUAGCAGUACUUUACUGAAGCACUUGGAGACUUUUGGAUGGAAGAUGGGAAAUGCCAAGUUUUAGCAUUUCUGUAUUGUUGAGUUAUUCUGCUAGUCUUAGGCUGCCCAUUUUAUUAAAAAUGAGCAUGACACAUGAAUUUAUACAUCCAGUAUCAUGCAGCUGCCCUUGUCUUGCAGCAGUGGAGCUUCUUCAGUAAUUUAGAUUUUUUUCACUGUAGCAUGAAUUAUACUCAGAUACAUACAUUAUUUUAUGCAAUAAAUUGUUUAAAAUGUAAGGUGGUUAUUUUUAAUACAGUUGAAAUAAUGUGACUUCUCAGUAUAUUCCCAUCAUCUCUCUCCUUUCCUAGAUAGUUCAGUUCAAUCCUGGACAGCUGGUCAGUACUUGAGAGGCUCUCAGUGGUCACUCCCCAUGGAGCCUCCCAGCCUCAGUGUGUGAGUGAUGCUGGCAGUGGCUUCUUCAUACACAGAAAGGCCCAGAAUUGACAAAAGAACACCACAUUGCCAAGCAUGACAAUAAGCCAUUGCACUUCAUUAGUACUGGCACAGCAUUCCUGGAGGAAUGCAAACUCCUGUGGGAGUUCAUUCAGCCUUUGCAGUGGUGGCCAGAACUGGACAGUCAGUUAUAAAACAGUACACGAUAGGGGAGCAGCUUUAAAAGCACAGGAUAAAAAGCACAACAUGCAGUUAAAAUGCAACUAGAAACUAAUUUUAAAUAUUGUUAGUUUUAAUAUUCCUGAUAUUUACAAAUAUUUGUUCUUAUGUAAAAUGAAUAACUUUCUUUUGCAAAGGUAAGCAUCUGGCUUUAAUAAUAGCACCAGCUAAUAAGUCCAGAAUACCGCACGAUGGGAGGGCUUGUCUGUAGCAAAAGCCUGCUCUAUGCAGGUUAGGUCCCUUUGGCCUCUGCAUGUAACAAAAUGGAAUGGAAUGAUGAUUCAGUGACUCCGAUCUCUGUAGUUUUAAUGCCAAAUAACACAUGUGUGUUUGAGUCUGUCUGUGGGUCACUGAGGUGAUUUAUCAGUGAGGUGACUUUGUACUAUUGGCUGAGAGCUGAGGAGACUAUUCUGAACUACAAAUCCUGUUCGCUGCCCUCUGCUUUCUGCUUCUUUUCUUGGUAGGUUGCUGGUUUCUCUUUUGUUUUGAGGAUUGGACUCUUAGUUGGUUUUAUUCAUUUCACCCAGUAAUAGCCACAGAACUAGUCAAACUCUCAGAGAGAGAACAAAGGUAGGCAAUAGUUGGUUGGCACUCAUGCUGCAGAGUCUGUCUGGAAGUGUGUUCACUGAGAGUCACAAUGGGAAUCCCAAGAAUGAGCAGAGCCCUGGGAGCUUUGACUCAGGACCAGAGCCUCCUAACCACUCAGCUCAUUGCCUAAAUCACAAGCCUGUGCUUGAAAGAAACUGGCAAUCUUUACAGCAUGAAGCCCAUCUGACCCUGUCAGGGGAAGAUUAGGAAGUUCUUGUCCCAGUCAGGAUCCUAUUGGUGGAAGUUUGGAGUAGAUUAUUGGCCAGGUUUCCCCUGGUAAGAUUAGCUAAUUAUAUCAUCCCAAACCUUGCCUGCAAUUUUGGCAAAGUGGGUGAACCCACACUGUAACUAGCUCAAAAUGUUUUUACAAUCCUUAAUUUCCCUACUUGCUGCAAGAAUGACCUAAGGUCAGAAACUUGUCAAUUCCUAGUCACUCUGCAAGUAUAUGAAUGUUCUGCGGAUGUCCAUAUAAUUGGCAAAACAAUUAUUUAAUUCAAAUGAGUUUAAUCAUCCUUCAAAAGAAAGGUUCCUCCCAUUAGGCCACUCUAGAGAAUUGCCCUUUAGGUUAGUUAUUUAAAGACAGAGAGACAUACAAAACUAUGACUUGAAAUGUCUUGAGGCUGGACCUCGGUAAUGAAUUAGUUUAAAAGCCAAGGUCAUUAUUAAUUCACCUUGAAUUAAUAAUCAAUUUCCUUUUGACACAGGGAAAAGGUGACUUAAAUCAGUACCUCUUUCCACACCUCACUGACCUAUUGUGGAAAGAAGAGUGUUUGUGAAGACGCAGCUCACACAGUGGGGCCUAAUGUUCUAAAAGACUGUGUACUGUUGGAGCCCAGGGGCCCAGUUUAGAAAGCAAUGAUUUAGGCAAUCAGUAAUAGGUUGGUUAUUUCAAUAGAGUGUUAAAGCAAAGGAUUGCACUGUUCAAAAGAAUAGUUGGUAGGAACUGAUAUUCUGGGCAUCCUGCUGUGACUUGUCCCUUGUCCCAGGGACUUCCAGGAGCAUGAAACCCAACACGUGCUAAGUCCCACUUACAGAAACAGUCUUCAGGCAUAUAUUUGCUUUUUCAGAAAGUCAGACCCUGAAACACUCCUUAGUAUAAAAGAGAUUUUGCUAAACUAAUUAUGCAUUUAAAAAGUUAAAGUAUUCUUUUCAUUUCUGACCAAAAUUUAGUAUUAAAGAAGCUUAACAAGCAUUUCCUCUGUCCUCUCCAUCACAUAUACACAAAGACACACAGUCCACAAGAAAUUUCAAGAUAGCAGAGAAAAAUAUUUAAAACUUACAAGAUUUGUCAUGAGGAUACACACACAUAUACAUCCACUAAACUUAUGGGAGAGGAACUAGGGACCAACAGUAAAUUGUAGGCCUUUUAACACCAGCAUAGGAAUGUGGUACACAGAUGUGUCUUAAGCUUCUAAAUAUCUCCACUAGAUCUUCCUCACCUUUAUCUUCAUAAGAAUGAGGUGUCAACAGGCAACUACUUUUAGAAAACUUCUCAUGUGGAAGAAUCCAUUCAAAUCACUGACUUCCUCUCAGAACCAGUAGUUGUAUCCUGAAAUGGGCAAUCCUGUAUCUUCCAUCCAAUUGCUCUUCUCUCAAGGAAGACCUUUUUAGGGUGAGUCCUGGUGUAAUGGCCUUCAGAUACUGGUCCAUAGCAAGAGAUACACCUGUCCAGCCCCUGCCCCUCAGAAGAAAGUCCGUUCGUGCCUUGGCUACUCAGGCUCCUCCUGUGUGUUCUGGCACCUCAUGUAUUGUUUGCUGUGCUGGUGCUCACUCCUUGAGGUUUGAUGCUAAGAACAGCAACAUUCACUGCAUGUUAAUUGGUAUGCGAUUAAUUUUUCUUAAAACUCUGAAAGCUCAGCAGUGUAUGAAGGAAAACAACCUGGUAAGAAUAUUUGGUUUUUGUUCAUUUUUUUGAUUCUGUCUGACUAAAAGCAAAACCAUGCCAGUGCUUGGCGCCAAAGCCUUUGUACAGCGACUUACUAUUUCCCAAAUCCCCUUCCGCUCCAAACCAGCAUCCCAACCUGGCUGAAGAGCAGGCAUGCAGCCUCUGAUCUUUUUCCCCUCACCUAGAUUACUGCAGCCUUGGCAAAUUUAGAUCAAAUUGCAGGACUUGUCAACUUGGCUGACAAGUUGACAAGUCUUCCUCCUCACUGUGAAGAACACUAUCUGACAGGGGCACAGCAAAGUCACAAAUUAAGAAACUGCUUUCACCCCAGAUCAUGAAUGAUAGUCCCAGCAGCUUUGCACUCACCUAACUUUUAGGGAUUUAAAGGUGGCCUCGCGGCAGCAGAGAAGAGAGAAGUGGAUGGAAAAUGGAGAGUAUUCUCCUGCCUUGAGAUAUCCUACACUUCAGCUUAUGUUAUUAUACUACCCACAGUGCUGCAUCUUUUGCAUAUUUUAAAUUCAUGAUUUCUGCCAGGAUUAGACAGUUAUUUGCUGUUGCUGCUGCUGCUUUCAGGUUGACUGUGAUAGGAGGUUGUCCUGAGUAGGAUGCCUUGCUAAGAAAGCACCAUCUUCCCUUCAUCCUUUUCUUUCCUUCCUCAGUGUGUGCUUAAGUAUACUGUGGUGGGCCUUGGAGCUAUACAGAAAUUAUCACUAUAUAACACAUGUGUAUUAUGCAGAUCCAUGUCACUUCAGAGAGCUCUGUAUGUCAGUAGGCUUUAAGCAACCACAUGGUCUCAUGUUCUGGUGUUAGCAGACAUAAGAGCUGAACCCCACCACUGCUGUAUUCUGUGCUCCACCUUUGUUGUGCCUCACUUACAAUGGUGCUUCUUCAGCUGUCUGUCUUUUCCUAUGUUUUUUAUUUGUAAGGUGCUGUAUAUAACUUGAAUAUAUUAUGCACAUAUCCUACCCAAUGGGUAUAAGAAACAUUGUUAAUACUGUAAUAUAAUGUAUAGAUACCAAUUUUAACAGAAAUGGCAUAGAAUUUGUGAAUGCCUAUGUGCUUUGUCCUCUUUUGUAAGGAAAUUUGCAAAUGGAUGCAUACAGAUAAAAGUCUAUGUAGUUUAUUUUCCUAUUAAAUAUCAAUAUUAUAACACAAGGGAAAGAAAUCUGAACAAGCAAGCUAGUUUGUGACCAGCAUAUGUAUAACAGUUGAGACUUGCAUCUUUGCUGUGAAAACACUUUUAGAAAUUAAUUUUUUAAAAUUCCAUGGCUUUUUGUUUACCACUAGAUUCUGCUUCUUUUCAUCUCUUUUAGUGCUUAUUUGGACCAGUUUUAGUUAUAGUCAGGAAAAAAUCCUGAUUUUUCAGCUUGUUUUAUGAAAAGACAUUAUGACUGAAGGAUAAUGAUGUGCUAGACCCAAGAGAAAGUGCACAUUUUGUUAAAAUUGCAAAAAUCACACCCAAAGUACAUGGGCUUGCAGCAGACAGAGGACUUAGUUCAGUACAGAGAUAUUUAUGACUAUGUCCCAAGUCUCCCUCUGCAUUUUCCUUUGAUAAGUUGAAGCUGUGGAGCCAAUACAAUGACAGUGGAGUUGUAGGGAAAGAAUACCUCAGGGAAAAUGAAUCCACAUCAGAGAAGACCCCAUUCUUCGAAAAAAUGUCAUUAUGGAUAGUAGGUUAUCAUUAGCAGAAAAUUAGCUAUCUGCCAGCCAAGUGAAGAAUCUUAACAUCCAUUUCUUUUGGUGUCUCAUGGUAAUCUUGACCCAAGAAAUAAACUAAGUUUGGUCACUGGUUAAGGAUUAUGUUUGGAGUUGUGUACCGUGUCUCCCCUCUCUUACACAGUGUCUGCUUCCAGCUCAGUUUUUAGUGUCUGACUGUGACUUCUGCAUUUAUCUUCAAAUAUCCUAAUAUAUUUUUUAAAAUCCUAUAACAGCAUGCUCACUAAACCACUGUUGAAUCAUGUGUGUGAGUAUCCUUUCCAGUGUGGUCCAUAAAAGCCAUCAGUGAAAUUUUACCCAUCUGAUACAUAUUUCCAGUGUAUUCUGUUACUCGAGGAUAUUAAUUCUAAUAAAUUCCAUGGUUUUUAUUUGCUCAGUGGUUUAUGUUGAUUUUGAAAAUCACAAUAGGAUCAUAUCCUUUUCCUCCAGAAAGCAAAUUGUUACCAAUUAUCCUUAAACUGAAAAUGCCUCUAUACAACACAACUCAAUGCUGAAUAGACUAAAAGUCAGCCCUUCUUUUAUUAUCUGUUUUUGGGAGGACCAUGGAAAGAUCAUUAUCUUGUAUGCUCUCCAUCUGUCCAGCCCCUCUGUCUGCUCCAUCUUAUACUGCAGGGCUCCCCCGUGAUUCAAUAUUAUGAACAGAGGCUCACUACUGCUAAGAACAACACCCUUACCCACUCCGGUUUGAUCUCCUGGAAGGACUGUUGAGUUGGUGUCAUCAGAAAAUGUUUUGGACUCGGAGGUACUAAAAUUUGUUGCCACACCAUUGUUUCCUUCCUACAGAUCUAAUUGAGGCUUAAACUUUACUGUUUAUCAUACUGGUUCAUUUUAAUGUGCUUAUUGGUAUAUUGCUACUUUUCAUUUCAUGGCUUUCAAAAAUCGCAUUUUCUACUUGUAUACUUGUCUAGUUUAAAGCUCUUUUAAAAUAUGUAAUACUAUUCACAGCAUUUAGUUCAUUUAAUUUUUGUUAUAAAGCAGCCUACUAAAAAAAGUACAAUUGUAUUUGAACUUUUCAAUAGUUGUUCAUGUGAAUUAUGAUAAUCAGAAGUCAUUAAAGUCUUUUUUAAACAGCCAUUUGUGCUUACUUUUCAACAUUAAUUCCCGGUUAUGUACAAAAAAAAAAAACAAAAGGGUUUCCAACUGUUGUGUAUCUAAUUCUUUUGAAGUGAGCAAUGGUGAUGUAGUUCCUAGACCUAAGGUCUGUAAUUGUAAUACUCUUAAAGAAAGACAUUGCUCUAAGUGCUGUUAAAGUUAUUAAAUCAGCUUUUUCUGCUUGUUCUUAAUGCUGUGGUCAAACCAUAGCACAAAAUUAUUAAAAGCAAUCAGUGAUAUAUAUAUGUCUCCUAGUUUGGUUUUUAAUCUUUCAAAAACAAAGCAUGUGUGUGGGGAAAAUAAAACAUGUGUUUUAAAACCCAUCUCAAAAAAACACUUCGAUGGUCCCCUAACUAAAACUUUCCAUUUGGUUUUCAUUCAUU